UUGAUUUUUUUGUGCGUAUUGUGAGCACAUUGGCGCUGCUGGUCGCUCACUAUUUUGGAUACUCUCGCAGCUGUAGGUCUGCUUGCCAACUGACAACCAGAGUCGACGACGACUGCAGACACGACAGUGUUCACUGGUUGAAUUCAAUUCAGUUCAGUUCCGGACGUUAAACGCGACUGUGGGGAUUUUCAGUACGCGGAGAUAUAAAAUACUCGCAUUUUGUUGUUUCUUUCUUUUUCAAUGUGUCAAGAAAGAAAAGAGUAAAAAAACCCAAAAGUUCAUAUCUAUCUACGACAAAAGUGAAUUCUGUGCAGCAGUAUAAGAAAAGUUCGUACAUUUUGAUAAAAAUAUAAAAUAUAUUUAUUAAAUAGUGCAGUGUGUUCUUUUGCCAUAAAGAGUUCAUAAUUGAAAUAUCAAGUUUAUAAAUAAAAUCAAAGUUGAUUUUUUGCUCAAGUGUUUAGCGCUUAAACACAGUGAAAAGAUAAACAAAUCAUCAAAAAAGGUUUAAAUACCGAAAAGUCUAAAGCAUUUGGAUAUAAAAUCGUCAGCUGUAAGCUAAAAAAUAGCAUACGAACACCCAUUUGAGAAAGCUAAUUUCUGCAGAACAUUUACAAAAAAGGAAGCAAUAAUUGAAGUCGUGUAUUAAGCUCUACGUUAAUACAAAUCGCAAAUGUACGCGUGUCCGGUAAAUUUAGUGGAACAUUCUUGAACUGAACUUAAAAGUCAACAUCCGUAAAGGAUACUAUAUAAAUUCUCAACCCGAGAAUAUUGGAAAAUGUUGGAUCGUUGCGAAAUGCCGAUUCAAAUAGACAACGAUAAAUUGCGGCGCGUCAGCGCUGUUGUCGAUCGCGACAAUCGCCUCUCGAAUUCACGCCACGAUCUGCCCAAUGUGUGCAACGGGGGCGUUGCUGGUAUAACGGUUGGUGGCAAUGGCACAACGCGCGGCUCAUCGCGCUCCAGCCGUUGCCUCGACGUGCACAACAACCUUGUGAAUAACAGUCACAGCCAUAGCCAUCACAAUGGACAUCAUCAGCGCAGCCCGACCAGCGGCAACAACAACAACAAUAACAAUAAUAGCAGCAACAAUAAGAUUAACAACAGCAACAACACUAAUACCAAUAACAAAAAACAACUAAAGGCAACUGAUGCGAUUAGCCACAAUGGCAGCAGCAACAACAAUAACGGUCACAAUAAUUUAAGUAAUCACAACAACAACAUUGGUUCGCCAGUAUCAUCGACAACGAUCUCCUCGCACGGCAACAGCACGACCAGCGGCGGUGAGCGCGGCUCAUCGACCAAGUCGAACAGCAGCAGCGGCAGCGGCAGCAGCGACAAUAUCAAAUGCAAUACGCCGAUGUCGCCGUCAGAUCUCCUCAUGAAAUACCGCAAAUAUUUGACUGAUGUGGAGCAAGAAGAACUGAAGGUAUAUAAAGAGGUUUGGUAUUUUGGACAUAAUGCCACUAAAAAUUUCAAUAAAACCACAACGAAUGGUACAGCCAAUUUGGGCUUCGAUGAUGAUAAUGGAAAUUAUAAAAUUAUCAUACAUGAUCACAUUGCCUUCCGCUAUGAGAUACUCGAAGUGAUCGGUAAGGGUAGUUUUGGUCAAGUUAUACGCGCCAUGGAUCACAAAACCAAUACAUAUGUGGCCAUUAAGAUUAUACGCAAUAAGCGGCGUUUCCUCAAUCAGGCUGUGGUAGAAUUGAAUAUAUUAGAUGAAUUGCGUGAAAAGGAUGCCGAUGGAUCUCAUAAUGUUAUACAUAUGUUGGAUUACACAUAUUUCCGCAAGCAUUUGUGCAUUACAUUCGAGUUGUUGAGUCUCAAUCUCUAUGAAUUAAUCAAGAAGAAUAACUACAAUGGUUUCAGCAUGAGUUUGAUCAAACGCUUCUGUAAUUCUAUUGUCAAAUGCUUGCGUCUGCUCUACAAAGAGAACAUCAUACACUGUGAUCUCAAACCGGAAAAUAUUCUGCUCAAACAACGUGGCAGUAGUUCAAUAAAAGUCAUCGAUUUUGGCAGCUCCUGCUAUGUGAGUCGUAAAAUUUACACAUACAUACAGUCACGAUUUUAUCGCUCACCGGAAGUGAUACUGGGAUUACAGUAUGGAACCGCUAUAGAUAUGUGGAGUUUAGGCUGUAUCCUAGCCGAGCUCUACACCGGCUUCCCGCUCUUCCCCGGUGAGAAUGAAGUCGAACAGUUGGCCUGCAUCAUGGAAGUGCUCGGUCUGCCACCGAAAGAACUCAUCGCCAACGCCACCCGACGCCGUUUGUUCUUCGAUUCGCGCGGCGCACCACGCUGCACUACAAACUCCAAGGGACGCAAACGUUUGCCCGGCGGCAAAUCAAUCUCACAGAUGCUCUACUGCCAAGAUCGUAAUUUCAUCAAUUUCCUGCAACGUUGUCUCGAAUGGGAUCCCGCGGAGCGUAUGACACCCGAAGAAGCUGCACACCACGAAUUCCUGCAACCCACCGCCUCCAGUCGUCAUCGCAGCUGUCGCAUGACAAACUCUUCAUCCACAGGCGGUCUCAAUAAUAGCUCAUCACAAAAAUCAUCCUGCUACAGUUUCACCGAAGUCUCACCACCCUCAAACGCCACAGCCAGCAACACGACUGGCGGUGGCAGUGGUAACGGCGGCGCUGUGGUGGCAUCCAUCACCAGCACCACAGCGGUCAGCAACGCGGCCAUCACCACAACAACGAGCAAGGCGACUACGACGACACAAUCGCGUAGCAGCGAUCUUACACAGCAUGCGCACCACGCCAGCUCCUCCGGUCAUCUGCCCGACAUCAAGCUCAGCGCCAGCGACAAAUACAGCAACAUGCAGAAGAUGGCCGUGCGCUCGAAGAUUACGUCGUCGGUGUCUGAUUUGGACUCAGUGCCGCAAUAUGCCUUGCAGCGCAGCAUCUACGGCGCCAGUGGGCUGACGCACAGUGGCACAGCAGCGCGUAAGCAUCUCAUUACAAGUGGCACCAUCGCCACCAGCUCCAGCAAGUAUGGCUUGGGACUGGGCGUAGGCAGCGGCGGCGAAAAGCAUCAGAGCAUAACGCUGGGCAAUGUGUCGUCGCAUUACGGCGGUCGCGAAAAGCAUCAGAGCAUAACGCUGGGCAAUGCGUCGUCGCAUCACGGCGGCGGCGAAAAGGAUCAGAGCAUAACGCUGGGCAGCGGUGGUGGCGCCAAUAGCAACAUGUCACACUCACAGUCGACGGGCGACGUGUCGGCGAUCUUCGGACGUGCUUGACUUCGCGCGCGACCCACAAAACUUGAGCUCAAAAAAUGCAAACUAGUCAAUAUGGUGGAUUUUUGGAGCUAGAAGUGGAAGUAAGCGGCGCCAACGGCGUCAAGUGCUUGGAGGGAGACGCGUAUGUGGUGGACUUGCAGUGCACGAAAAGGAGUUAAGAAUUACUAUAAUUGUGACUAGUAGGUUUGUGUGUAUAUGUGUGCGCGCUGCUGUUUGAUUGCUCAAACGCUCGGGCACACGGUUUUUGUCAGGCGCAACGCUGCAUAUGCCUCAUUAUGAGCACACACAAAUAUAUAUUAUAUAGAAUUUAAACUGAAUUUUGAGUAAAAUAAUUAUGACUUGUGUGCAUAUUGCCAGACUUAAGUUUACAUAGAUUGUUAGAUAGGCGUGGAAAGGUGUUUAGAAAGGAGUUUGAAGCCAAAAAACUUUUAAAUGAAUUAGAAUUUUAUUUAUCGAAGAAAAUUAUGAAAAAUUUUUUUCCAAGCUAUAAUUCUUUUUAAAAAAAAAUAAAUUAGAAAAAACGCUUUACAAUCUUAUAAAAAAGCUACAACUUCAAAAAAGCGCUAAAAUUAUAUUCUUAAGUUCUUUAAAAAAUUUUUUUAAACUUUUUCAAAUGUAAUUCUUUUAAAAUUCAAAUAUAUGUGUUUUUUUUUAGGUAAUAUUUUUAAAUUGCUAUACUUUUCAAAAUUAAACAAAAAACUUAAACUAAUAAAAAUUAAAAAAAAAAAAUAUUGAAAAUUAUUUUAUUUCUUAUUUUACGUACGAAAAAAAUGUAAGAAAGUUAUAUGCGAUUAAAAUCAAAUUACGUAUGAAAAAAUGUAAAAAAAAAUUUUUAUUUUAGAACAAAAUUAAUUUUUCGAACAACUUUCUCUGCUCCUUUCCUCGUCUAUUUGACGAUAGUUUUUACAAUAAAAAAAAUGUACGUGCACACUUCAGCCUAUAUAAUUCGAAGAUAUGUAUGUUUGUAUUUGUAUGAGUGUAUUUGAAGGAAUCUUAAUUACAUCUAUGUAUGUAUAAUAAUUAUAAUUAGUGUAUGUAGUUGUGGUAAGUUGCGAAUAUAGUAAACCAUAGUAGUUAGCAUGUGAGUUACAAUGAAAUAUAAACGAAAAAUGGAGUGAAGAAAAAUAACAAAUGGCUCAGUCUAUAAACAAAAAAAUAUAACUUUAAUUAUUAAUAAGCAAAAAUAAAUAAAGAAAAUAUAAAAUUAAGAAAUUUUAACGGAAAAAAAUUAAAACAAUAAGCUUAAGAUUAUAAAAUUGUGACAACAAAUUCUAGUACGUAAAAAUAAUAUUGACAAAAAAUUACAACAACAUAUAAGAAUUUUUUGCGAAAUAGUAAAAACAAUGAAAUAAAAAUAUUUUACUAAACACAUAUAAAAUAAGUAAAAAAGCAUUAAUAUACAUAUAUGCUAACAAAUAACAAAAAAAAAAAAACUGUAUGAGAGUAGAGAUUUGUGUAUGCCGCAUGCAACGUAAUGUUGCCGCAAAUUAAUUGUAUAUAAUUCAAAGGGUUUUUAGUAAUAAUUUUAAUGCAAGUGCAUAAAGAAAAUGUAAACGCAGUUUUUGGGCGAGUAUUUAGAUAAGAAACAUAUAGAAAAAUAAAUAAAAAUCUCGGCAUAAAACGAAAAUCUUCCAUAUUUUUAGUUUCACUGCUUUUAGUAAAUUUUUACAUAAACUGCCUUUGAUUAUAUGUAAAUAAGUACAAUGAUAUGCCACUAAAUACACACAUGCUGUCACAUAAAUGCGUCAAGCAUACAAUAAAACUAGUUAUAAAACAAGUAUAAAGUUAAAGAAAUAUCAUUGCAUGCAUCACAAACUAUUCUAGAAGCAUAUCCAGUAAAGCGUUGGCAUAUUUUGUAAGAAAGAACAACAAACACUGCUGAAAAACUACAUUUCCUGUUUAGAAAAAUACUUUUAGGCAUAAAUACAUUUUUUUGGUUUAGUAAAUAAUACUAAAUUUUAGUGUAAUAAAAAAUUAAUUACUUAAAAAAUAAAAUUUUAGUUGACAAAAAAAUAUUUUCGCCAAAAAAACAUUUUUUAACUAAUAUUUUUUUAUAUUAUUAGUUUAACAUUAAUAAAAUUAAAUUUUUUCAAACCAUAACAUUAGUUUUAAAUUCUUUUUAUAUGAACAUUUCAAGCCUUUAUCGCUGCUUAAACAGAAAAUUUUUUUUAAAAUAAUUUUUUCAAUAUUUUUUUUAUAAUUUUUUUAUUUUUAUUUUAAUUUUUUAAUUAUUUUUUUUUAAUUUUUUUUAUUUUUUUUUUAAUUGUUUUAUUUUUUUUUUAAUUUUUAAAACGUUUUUAUUUAUUUUUUUUAAUUUUCAAUAAAUUUAGUUUAUUAAAUUUUUUGUUCCUAAUACAAUUGUCGCUUAUAUAAAUAAUUUUAAAUAUUUUAGUUUCAUAAAAUUUAUAUUUUUAAAAAUAUUUUUUUCAACAAUUUUUACCACCCUGUAUAUUGCUCCAAUGCGCCACAUUUUGCUCAAUCAUGCCAAUAUUUUUCACACAUCUGUGACUUGUACAUUUGCAGCAGCGCCAUAAAACUACAUGCUUUUCUGUCUAUUGUUCAAACAUUUGUUUUAUUUUCACCUUAUAUACCGUUAGUUAAAAAAUAUCUAGCCCAUUUUCGCCAAUAAUAUUUAUAUAAUUUUAAAUAUGUCACUACGUGUUCGAAUUUAUCAACUUUAGCUAAUGGAAAAUAAACAUACAUAAAUACAACUGCAUCAAAUAUUAUUAAGCAAAUAAAUAUAUACGAAGAAUGAUUUUGUGAAUUAGUAUGUUUACAACAACAAUUAUGUAAAUUACUUUUAAGCAUAUAUUCAGAUUUGCGUCAGUGUAAUGUAAAAUAUAUGAAUUAAAUGUUAUAUGUAGAUACAUACAUACAUGUGAAUAUAACUACUCCUGCAUACGCGUGCAUUGUAUGUGUGCGUGUGUAUAUGUAUGCAAACAAAUUAAUUAUUCAAUUUACACAAUAAACAUAAUCGAAUGAAUUUAUUAAAAUAUAAAAAAAAAUAAUAAUAAAUAAAUAUACACAAUUGUGUUUUCAUUUGGUUAGGUUUUAUUUAUUUAUUUUAUUAUUUUGAAUACAGAAAGUUACUCUCUGCGCUCAACUAUCUUUCGUAGAUAUCAAAGACGUGAUAAAAAUUGAGUGCUUAGUGCGCUAUGCGGCAUAAAUUUCUCACACAUGUAGGAAAUAUUCUUUCUUCAAAAGCGUUAAUAAAAAAUAAGCCUAAAAAUUAAUUUAUUGUUGCAGGAGACAACAAAAGGUUCUUUAUUAGAAAAAAAUAAUAAUAAAAUAUUUAUAAUAUUUUUUUGUAAAAAAAUUCUUGGCUGUUAAAGGGUUAAUAUUGCUAAACAUAUAAUUUCUAUAGCAUACUUUCAGGCACCUAUAUGCCUAUACAUUAAAUAAACAUAAUAUCUCGAAAAGGAGUAAGCAAAUGUUGCCUACCUUUAGGCGUAAAUAAUUCAAAAUGCACAGUGAAGUCAGAAAUAUAUAUAGCACAGAAUUGACUAACGAGUUUCUGAACGCAUUAAAAUUAUAAAUACGCCAAGCAUUUUUUGGUUAAAAUUUUGUUCAUUUUGGCAUUAAACUAUUUUUAGGGAUAAUAAUUAAACUAAAACUGUGUAAUUUUAAGCGUUUUCCCCGGCAUAUAUAAUUUACAAUUUAGAAAAAAUUCUUGUUUUUUUUUGUUUUACAACUUCAAAAACUAUAAAAACGUUUUCAAAACUCGCAAAACAUACAAUUAAUGGAAUGAUAUUUGGUAUUCGGCGCUACGUAAAUUAAUAUUUGAUGCGAUUUUGGGCAUUUCCAAAGUAUAUUCUCUAGUUUGUAACUACAAAAAUAUUUUUCUUUUACCGCACACUAUUUCUGUUUCUUCAGAACAACUUUACAAAGUUUAAAGACGCUUUUUUGACUCUUGUAAAACAAACUUUUAUAUCCAAAAAAUUGAGAUUUGUAUAAAGUGUAAUUUAAUAAAUAAUAUAUAUUUAAUAAACAGUAUAACACAAAUUUUGUAUGCAGUAAAGUUCUAUAUACACACAUAUAUGCAAGUAAGAGUUAUUAGGCUACUGAAUGGAGUUUAGACUUUUCUCAACCAUUAAAGAGUUUCUUACAAUAAAUUAGGAGUACAUAAUAAUUAUGUGAACUUAACCACCAGAUAGAGUUAUAUAGUUAAUAGACAUGCAAAGGAUAAUAAAAUAGAAGAACAAAAUAGAAAAAUAUGCUAAAUAUUAAAAAAAAUAUAAAAUAUAUUCAUAUGUAUUAAAGAGAGAAUCGGUGUAAGUGAACCAAAUUAGCACGAAAGUUGUUAAAAUAAUAAACGAAGAUAUGAUAAGAUAAUCAAUUUGAUGGCGUAAAUGAGAAAUAUAACAUGAUAACAAAAUAUUGCGUCAAGGCCACUGUAUUUACAAAAAAAUGAAAAUAUAAUAAGAAAGAAACAUAAUCAUGAAUAAAAAUAUAUAAUAAAAAUAUGGAAAAUAAUAAUAAAUUUUAAAUAAAAUAAUAAAAAUAAGGAAAAUAUUAAUUAAUUUUAAAAUUAAAAAAUAAGAUAUUUGAAUUAAGUGCACAUAUGUAUAGGUAUUUGUAUGAAUAUACAAUAUAUUUCAAAUUACAAUAAGUAGUACUUUUAACAUAAUCUGAAAAUUAUUAUAAAAAUAUAUAUUGUAUGUAAAUAGAAAUAGUAAUUAGUAUAGUAGAAAAUAGUACAAGAAAAUACAGAGAGAAUAUAAUGAAUUUAAUUUCCAAAAGACAAGUAACAGAUAUAGUACCACCUUACUGUUAACAUGCCAGUACUGUAAGAAUUACAUAGAUAUCGAAUGCCGCAAAGUUUGUAACCAUCGGAGACCACACAAAGUUUUUACCUAUAUACAGUGAACCACAAAACUUGUACAGAGAGAUGUUUUGAAUUUGAAGUGACUUUUUUGUUAAACUAUACAGUAACAGUAUGUGAAACUUAUGUUUUUUGCGUUUUUUAUAAAAUUUUAAUACGAAAAAAAUUUUGGUCUCUUUUGAGCAGCUAAAGAAAAAAAACGUGUAUACUGACGUUGGCAGCACUUUAAAUGCAGUUAUCUAGCAGAUACCGUUAUUUUUAUCUGCUAUUAUUUGCGCAACAUAUGCUCAAACUCUAUUAUGAUAUCUGAUAAGCGCAUUUCUUUUGGGCGUUUGUAGUUUAUGAAGCAAAAAUGCUGAACAAACAAACAACUCAAGAUUUACGAGGUCUGUCAAGAGAAUAAAGUACUCGCGAAAUAGGCAAAAUUGUAAAAAAAACAUACCAUUGGUACUUUAGGACUAAAUUCAAGAUGACUGCUGAAGUUGGAAAACUUGAAAGGGGAUGCCAAAAAAAGUGUGCUUUGUUCAGGAUAACAACUCACAGUAUUCUGAUUUAGUGGUUAAGGAAUGGUGGUUGUACAACGUCAAAAAAUGCAACCGCAUGUUCCUCAGAGUCUAGAUAUCGACCCAAUUGAGCGCGUGCGGGCAUAUAUGAAGGCGAAGUUACGAGAGCGCAAAGUUAUUAGCAAAAAUGAGGUUAAGGCUGCUCUUCAGGAAGUAUUCUCAAUAUAGAUACUGAGUUUAUACAAAAUUUUCUGCAUUCUAUGAAUAAAAUAUUACAAACCAUGAUAGGGGCCAAAGGUGCACUAAGUAUUAAUUUUUCAUAAAGAAUGUUGUAAUGUCAAUGGUUGUAAACUGCACAAGUUUAUUUUUUGUUGGUCAACGAAAACGGUGUCAUUUUGGAUUUUUAAACUUUUUGGAGAAAACUGGAUUCUUCAAAAUAAAUUUCGAUUACUUUAGAAGUUAAGUUACUUCAAAGACAACAACAUUUUCUUUUACAAUUUGUUUUUUGGUUCACUGUAAAAGAUUAGCGUGACCAGCUGAGUCGAUUUAACCAUCUGUUCGUAUACCAUAAAUGUAUAUAUAAUAAAAAGUUUUUCAGUUCUUCGAAAAGUUUUUCAUAUAUUGAUACCGGGAUAACGGGCUACUAUAUGAUAUAUUUGUCAUACAAACUGAUCAAUCAGAACGUAGUCCUGAUAGUAUAGAAAACUUUUAUUUUUGUUAAUAUAUCUUUACGAAAUUCCGCAUAAAUUAUUAUGGAAGGACAAGGUAACAACCCCUGAAAAUAUUACUUAGAUCCGACCUCUAUAGCAUUUAGCUGUCAUACAAACUGACCGAUCAAAAUCAAGAUAAAGAUCUUUUUGUACCCUUUCCUGCUAUAAGAAAUGCAGCUGUAAAUGGUAUUAUAUCUUCGGUGUUGCCAAAGUUAAAUAUUUUUCUUAUUUUUUUUUUUUUUUUUUUUUUUAAUAAAGAACUAUAGAAUCGAAACUGUUGCAUUAAAAAUAUUCUGAAGAAGAUUAAGUAGUCGCCCAUUAUGCAUUAUUAAAAGUGCAUAACUUUAUAUUCAAUACGGAAUACCAGUAAUUGAUAAUUUAUGUUGUUUUUCCAAAAAUAAUGCCUAUUUUUUUAUUUUUUAAUUAAAAAUUUCUAGUUGACUUCAGCUUCUUGAAUUUUCCUUUGAUUGACUGAAUACUAUUUUUAUUUAGCCUAAAGAGAUGUAUGUUAUUUAGAAUAAUCGACAGCAGUUUACCAAUGGAAAAAAUAACCAGUUGUCUCGACCCAAACCACUGUAAAGUUUUAUUUUUGUCGAAGUACAAAAUGACUUUUUUAUUCCAAUCUAUUUAAUAUAAGCUCAGUGGCUAUUUCGCAUAUAAAUAUAAAUAUUUUUUUCAAUCCAAAAUAUUGUCUGUUAAGAAAAAGCGAUAGUCUCCAGUACACAGGAGCGGCUUUUCUGCAUUGGAAAAAUUAUAUUUUAUUUUUUACGAAACGUUUUAAUCUCCUGACAUAACUUAAUUCCAGAGAAAGCCCAGAAGUAUCUCCAUUUUAAUUAAAAAAUUUUUUUUUCACAAAAAUCUCUCUUUCCGUUCUAUCUUAUACGCGAUUUGCUAGUUUCUUUUAUACACAUUUAUUUAUAUAUAUUUUUUUUCAUUUCGCCAUGGUUUUUUUAUAAAAUAUUUAGGUAUCUAAGCAGAAUACCAUAAAUCUGUAUUACUUAAAAAUAUAUUUGAUUUACAGUGUUUCAGUAAACACUUCGAAAGCAACUUCAUCGACAGCAUUCCAUGAAUUUGGAGUACAGUCAAAGAGAGCAUAUAUUUCUAGUAAAACUCUCUGGUAGAGCAUAUUAACAAUAGUUUUUAGCUAAAGGGUUAGAAUAUAGGUUAUGUAGAACAGUAGUGAAGCUUGUCAAAUAUAUUGUAGACACUUUAUGCUCUUACCAACAUUUCUUUUCCACAUGCUGUAAACAAUUAACUCUCUCUCUCUCUCUCUCUCCGUGCAAACAAUAUACAUUUUGUAAAUAUACUUUUAUGUGUGUAAAUAGACUAGCCUUAGCACUAUAUAUAAAUCUUUUUUACAAAUUAUCUAAAUAAUGUGAUCGAUAUAUGGACUUAAAGACAGCUAAUGAAGCAUAUGUAUAAUCUAAACUUUAUUAAUAUAAUUUUAAAUAUGUACUUAUGUAAUUAUAGUUAUGUAAUAAAUGUGUAUGUAUUUGUUAGUACUAAGUAUCUCUGAAUCUGCGUUAUCAAAGAAAUAACAUAUUAUAUAUGUAGAAUUUGCUAGGCAUGAAAAUAUUUAGGUGAAAUAGUAAUGUAAUGUAUAAAGUAGUAAUUACACAAUAUGAAAUGAAUACAAUAAAUAUUUAAGCAUAUAAAAUUAAUUAUAGCAAACUUUUUCAAAUUUCAUAGUUAAACUGUAUACUCAAUAUUUAAUCAAUAUGCAAGAUUUUCAAUUCUCACAAUAUAAAGAAUUUACAACUAUUUGAAACUAUAAAAAAAAAAACAAUAAUGACUGGUACUCAAUUGACUUAUGUAAUCAAAGCUAAAUAAAUACCAUAGCAAAAACAUAUGUAUUUUGAAAGUAUGCAAUAAAGACCUAAUAAUGCUUGUACUCGAGUGAAAAUGCUUUUUUGAAACUGUGAAGGAGUUUUGAAACGAAUUUGAUUGCUUAUUUAAACAAAAACUCAAUGACAGCUGUGAAUUUGUUUAAGCGUCAGUGUUGACUAAUCAAUUUGACGAAAUUUCGAAUGGCUGAUACUGGCCUUAAUGUGGUAAAAGCCACGCAAUCAAGGCGCUGACUGUAUAAUUAAUCAGUUUAAAUUAUGAAAAUGAGACAACAGUGGCUUCAGCAUGCAUAAGGGCUGAUCUCUAAAACCAAUAUAAUCAAAUCAAUAUAAUAUUUUGCUUUUUCCAACCACUAAACAAAUGUUGCUUUAAAAAGUUUAAUUGCAAUUAGCGCUUAAUUUUGAUUCAAUUAAGCACACUCGAUUAAUACCAACUACAAGUGCCAAAACUUGAAUAAAAACCACAAAAAUCUGCAAAUCAUAAUUUAUAACUAAUUUAUUACAUAAUCUUUGUUCAGCUGAGGUAGUCAACGGUUAGCUGUCCAAUUCAAGAGCGCGAAAGCUCGCAAUAAAACAUUGCAGCAAAAGUGAAUCCAUCAAAUUGUCAAGCCAAAUUAUUGAUUUAUUUGCAUUUAGCAUAAACUUUUGUGAUUUUAUUAACUAUUAGAUGGCAUUCUGCAAGGCCAAUUGUCCGUUUAACGUUUAUGAUUAGCAAAAAUGUAUACAAAUGAUGCGCAAAUGAGUUAACACUCAUAAAACGUUAAUUUAAUUGGCACGCAAUUAAAUAAUUAUUCAAAAAUUUUGCAAAUUACACAAAAAUGAUAUUGGAAAAAGUUUUGUAAGUAGUAAAAUGCGAUAAGUGUCAUUUUAUUAAUAACCAACAACCAGUAGUAAUACCAUGUACACAUAAGUUAUCAUUAAUUUUAGUAAUAUAAAUUUGUAAAGUAAUUAAAUAUAGUGCGUAGUAAUUGAAGUGAGGCGAACAAGUAUAAUGUUUGAAAUUACAAUAAUAAACCGAAAAUUGUAUAUGUAAA